UACCACGUGGACAAGGUCAAGGGUCAACACACCGCAUGCCACUCACCAUCUCAUCCCAAAACCCAAAUUCCCAAUGGCAAUUUCGUAUAUAUAUCAAAUCAUGUCAUGCCGGCCGUCACCCGGAAUAUAGGUUGGGCAAACACGAUGCACAUUACCCGCUGAGCCAAAUUGUAAGUAUAAAAUGCACGUCAAGUUAAAUCGAAAUAAAAUAGAACUAAACUAAGGCAAGAAGCCGAUAGACGCACACUGAUCUGAUCGGAGAGAAAUCGGUGGAUCCUCGUAGAGUACAAUUAGAGAGGGAGAGAUCACAAUUACUUUUUGUUCCGGUUCAAAUUUCACAUUUCGAAACAGUAAUGGCUUCAAAUCCUUCGCUUCUUCCUGAGAUCGGACCCGACGGCCUCGCCAGAGAAGCUCCUGUCAUUGCCUACACUGAGAAGAUAAUCGAGGAAGAGCAGCUUCAAUUGAAAAGGUAUAUCGAGGAAAAUUACUCAAAAAUACGUGAUGUUGAGAGAGAGCUAGCAAAUCUUACAAUGGAGAUGAAACUUACGGCCGGACCUAAAAAAGCAGCACUUGAACACAUGAGAAAGAAAAUAGAAAUAUCAACUGAAAGAAUUCGCGCUGCCAAGCUGAAGGAAGAACAAGCACGAAAGGUGUGGGAAGCAGCAUCAAAAGCUGUAAAGGAUGAGGAAGAAAUUAAGCAAAAGUUAUGUGAAGACUUAAAUCAGCUGGUCCAAGAAAGCAGUAACUCUCAGUUUUCGAGACUCGAGGAAUUAAAAAGAAGACUGGAAGCAUUAAAUCCUAGCAGAGCAUCCACCUCAUCUCUUCAUGACAUGAAAUCAAACAGUGCAGCUGUAGAUGCUUCAAUUCCUCUUUCAACAGCACCAGGUGAUAGAGUCCCUGAACAUAUACUUAAUCAAGCAAAUAGUGGAAAUGUGCCAAUUAUAAACAAGCAGAAUCAACAGCCUAUUCUUGAGGGAGAAGGAAGAGGAAAAAGGAAAAUUCAAUUCCAAGGGAGAGGAAGAGGAGUUGGGGCUGUGCCCAAGGGUAGAGGAUCUACAACACCGGGCUGGACUGGGGCUGGGUUUGAUGUGGAUGGUAGAAGUUAGAACCACCAUUACAGAUUCUUUUCCUAUGAUGAAUCAAUGAGACUAGUAGUUUUGCUUUUGCUCCAGUUGGUAUAUUCUUUGCUGUGUCUUUCGUUACAUAAUGUUUUCCAGUUCUCCCUUUAUUUAUUCAAUUGUUGAUAGGUUGUUCACAUAGAAAAUGUCAUUUGACUUUUCAGAGUACACGUUGCUAAGCGACUCGUAUCACCAAUAUCCUCCAUCAAUCAAAAUGUUUCAAAAAUCUUAUAAUUA